AUGUUAAAAUCAAUAGCCUUGACACCCCCCUUAAACAGCGGGAUUCUGACAGGCGCCGUCUGUAUUAUGGUUUCUCUUACUAUUGGCAUUGAAGCUACACAGGUUUCGCCAUUCUUAAAUACAAAAGUUUUUAACGAUGCAUAUGGUGAACAAAGUGACUUCAUCAUUGGACUCAUCACAGGAACUUUUCCAUUAUUUUCUUGCUCUAUGAUUGUGUUUAUUAAGACUGAUGUGUCCCUUCUUCUUGUUGGCAAAUCUAUUAAAGGGGUUUCUCUCGGGGUUCUUUCUUCAGUGGUUCCAGUGUACAUUGGCGAAGUGUUCAUUGAAGAAUCUGCUGAAAAACUCAUGUCGUAUUUCCAGUGUUGUAUUCCUGCAGGUCUUUUUAUUUCGUCUCUUGUGGCAUAUCUGGGAACUUCUGCUCCGUUUGCAUUUUUUAAAAAAGAACUGCCAAAUGUAAAAAUCCGAGGUAGCUGGGCAAUGGCAUUCACACCCAUGGCAUUUUCUACAGGACUUUCUGUUAUGAUGCGAGAUUCACCAAUAGACUAUUUCACACAGGGCUUGUCGAGUGCCACCAUGGAUCUUCUUCUUUUACAAACUCGCUCUCUUUCUAAAAAGUUGUCUGAAGAGGAAUAUAGAGAGUACGUCAAUAACCGGUACUUUCAGAUUACAAAAGCAUCUAAUAAUGAGGUUAAUGAAACAACGGCUGGCAAAGGCGUUGCUGUCGUGGAGAGAAAGAAAAGUAUUGGCCAACUAUUUAAAAGCUGCUUCAAGUCUAGGGACGUUCUUACGGCCAUAAUGACACAAUGCGCGGUUCAGUUGUCGGGCAUCAAUGCGUUCAUGUACUACUUUAACGAGAUUUGUGCAAUGAGCGAAAUGGAGCAGGAAUCAAUUCUUCCUCUGGCACUAGGCCUUAAUGGUGUCAAUGUUUUGGCCAACUGCUUGGCUAGUCUUUAUGCUAGGCGAGUUUCUCGUGUCAUGAAUAUUAUAUAUGGAUUUCUUGUUAUGGGCUUGUGCCAUGUGCUGUUGGUUCUUGCGCUUCAGUCUAAAAAGUCAAACAUCUCUAACGAAGCUUCACGCGCCGAUGUUUCUGGAAUUUUAGCCAUUAUGUACUGCUUUUUAGCAGUGUCUACGUUUUCCCUGACCAUUGCUAUUCAGUCUAUUCUUUACACUGUGGAAUUGAUACCAGCAAAUCUUGCGGAAAUCGGCCUACCAAUUUCUAUUGCAUGUGGAUGGUUCACUAAUUUUGUCUUGACAUGCAUUCUUCCUACGGCCUUUAAGUUUUUAUCGGCGUAUGUUUUUACGUUUUUUGCGAUUUUCUGUUUUUGCUUCUAUGCGACGUUUUUCCAUUUAAAGGACACUCUUUCACAAGAGACUCAAGGAAUUAAACAAGAAGACCAAGAUGAAUAUCUCAAUUCUGGCGAAAAGGGCUUAACUCGAACAGCAACAAUCAGGGCACCAAGAUUUAGAGCGCCACGCCUUACAGUUGCUGAAAUCUCUGAGCCUAGUUUAAUGCCGAACUAUCGCGCGGGCCAAAGCUCUGCCAGUACUACAUACGUGCAGGGCAAUGACACGCUAGAAGAGCCACACACUGCAACUUUGGAGAUUCAAGAUGAGGGCGAAGAAGAAGAAAAAGAAGAAAUACAAAGAAUAUGGGGCGCUGAAGACAUUGGCGUAGAAAGUAUUAGUCAAAGGUACUUGCGUAAGCCGAGCCAUGAGAUUAAUAUUGCAGCAGAUUCACCGCUUGCACACUUAUCCAAGGCGGUUUUGCGCAAGCCGAGUGGAGGGGCACGGUCGCAACUACAUUCGACAGCUGGCUCAUUCAAAUCGACAAGUGUACGAAGUAUGAUUAAUAAUUCAUUUGGAGGGCGAGAUGAUGACAUGUAUGAAUAA